AUGGAUGGAGGGAGGGGCGGGGAAGGACAGCUGGAGCCUGUGGCUGAGGUGAAGCAGGCCCACCAUGAGAUCCUGACCAAUGAGCAAAGGCGGGUGGAGCUGAAAUGCAUGGAGCUGCAGGAGAUGAUGGAGGAGCAAGGGUACUCAGAGGAGGAGGUCAGGCAGAAGGUGGGCACCUUCCGGCAGAUGCUGAUGGAGAAGGAGGGGGUGAUCACCAGAGAAGGCUCCCACGCACAGCCACCGGUGGGUCUUCUCCCUCACAGUGACGAGGAGCACCUGGGCGACACAGCGCUCGCCGAUGGCUACGAGGAGUGUGACUGGCAUGGCGACUACUACGACGGAGACUACAGAACCAAGAGGAAGUCGAGUAGCUCGCCCUCUCCGCGACCAAAGAAGAGAAAGAAGAAGAAAUCGGGGAGAAAGAGAAGCCGAGAGAAGAGGAAGAAGAGCAGCAGGAAGCACAAAAGAGACAGGUCUACGUCUGGCUCCAAGAGGAAGCGGCGAUACAGAUCUGGAAGCCCAAAGAACAAACACAAAGACAAGAACAAACAAAGAAAGAGGUCACCCGCAGAUUCGCCCAGCAGGAGGUCCCACCGGAGAGGAAGCUGCAGCUCUCGCAGCGCUUCCCUCUCCUCCACAGGGAGCUUCGUCAAGUCCCCCUCCAGGCUGAGUGUGAAGCAGUGGACAGGUGGCCACCGGUCCAGUCGCAGCCCCAGCCCGCCCGUGACCGCUGAGAACCCCACCACAUGGCAGAACGGUCAUCACAGCGACCGCGCCCGCAAUGGCAAGGAGCUCGUCUACAACCAUGUGGACGGAGAGAAAGUGCAAGAUAAGCUCCGAGCACUGGCCUCCUGCUCUCCGAGCCUGCAGAUCUGUCCGUCGCCCCAGCUGAAGGAGGCCCGGCUCCAGGGUACCCCGGGUAAGAGUCCCGGAGGGGCGCCAGCCCAGCACCACCACCACCAUCACCACCACCACCACCAUCAAGGGGCGGCAGGGGACGCCCCUCACGGGGACGACAAGCAGCCGGACUCGGGCAGGCCAACUGCGGGGUCGUCACGGAGACGCAGGGGCCGCCAUCGAGGUCAGAGAAAGGCCUCCCAUUCGCCAGGCCACAGCUCUGACUCCGCCCACUCGCAGCACAACCCGCCCAACAAAGGCAAAAGCUCCCAUCAGAAGAACUUGCAUUCACUGACGAAAGGAGCUCAUUCGUCCAAGCGACAGCACCGCGAGAGGGCGCACCGCAGCUCGUCAGCGUCCCCGUCGCGGCACCGGCACGGGUCCGGCCACAAGAAGAGCAAGUCACGCAGCGGCCUCCGCCAGCGCAGCAGCUCCUGGAGCAGCCGGCACUCGUCGUCCCCGUCCAACUCCCGCGAGCGCACCACCAGCAAGGCCUCGCCACACGCCCGCCAGAACACCUCCAGGGACCGAGACGGCGCACACCACUCAGACGCAGAGAGCCGAGCACACAGGCGCUCCCGGAGCUACUCGCCCAUACGCAAGAGGAGGAGAGACUCACCCAGCUUCAUGGAGGCCAGGAGAAUCACCAGCGCUCGUAAGCGGCCCAUCCCGUACUACCGGCCCAGCCCGUCCUCCUCCAGCUCCGGGAGCAGCCACAGCAGCUACAGUCGGAGUCGCAGCCGCAGCUACGACAGCUACAGCAGCUACAGCCGCAGCCGGAGUCACAGCCGCAGUCGCUCCCGCAGUCGCUCCCGCAGCCCCAGCCAGCCCCACAGCUACUACAGCCGCAGCAGCUAUGGCAGCCCCGGCUUCUGACCAGCCGCGGACAGAGAGAGAGAGAGAGAGAGAGAGAGAGAGAGAGAGAGAGAGAGAGCGAGAUGACCUUUUAAAAGCCACUUUAGAGUGACAUGACAAAGGGCUAAGAGAGAGUGGACAUCAAGAUGGGU